CCAUCAUCUUCUUCUUCUGUUCUGUGUACACGUUCACUCCCAAAGACGUAUAUUCUCUCUCUCUCUUCUCUCAUUGCAGCACCACCCUAUAUAAUCUCCUCUCUCCCCCCUUUUUUCUUUGCAAAUGUUUCGGAAAAUGAACUUUCUCCACAAACCCACCUCGCCGGACCUCUGAAUUCCGCAGAAUUCGACCCAAAACAGAGCCCCUUCUGUUCCCGGUGGCCGGAGCUUGCUCUGGAUUGAAUGGCCGUCGAAUACAGAUGCUGCGAGACCAAUUUCUUCAUCCACAUCGUCAUAAUCGUGCUCUUGGUGAUCUUCGCCGGCUUGAUGUCCGGCCUCACCCUCGGCCUCAUGUCCAUGAGUCUCGUCGAUCUCGAAGUUCUUGCGAAGUCCGGGACUCCCAAGGAUCGCAAGUAUGCCGCAAAGAUAUUGCCAGUUGUCAAAAACCAGCAUUUAUUGCUUUGCACCCUACUGAUCUGCAAUGCGGCAGCCAUGGAGGCACUUCCUAUUUUUCUUGACGGUCUGGUUACAGCUUGGGGUGCUAUUCUAAUCUCGGUGACAUUGAUUCUUCUUUUUGGCGAGAUUAUACCACAAUCUGUUUGCUCUCGGUAUGGUUUGGCAAUCGGAUCAACAGUUGCUCCUUUUGUCCGUGUUCUUGUCUGGGUUUGCUUCCCUGUUGCAUAUCCAAUCAGCAAGCUGCUAGACUUUCUACUGGGCCAUGGACGUGUAGCUCUUUUCCGAAGAGCUGAGCUGAAAACACUUGUAAAUUUGCAUGGUAAUGAGGCUGGAAAGGGUGGAGAACUGACACAUGAUGAAACCACUAUAAUUGCUGGAGCACUUGAACUGACUGAGAAGACAGCUAGUGAUGCCAUGACUCCUAUAUCUGAAACUUUUUCUAUUGACAUUAAUGCAAAGCUCGAUAGGAAUCUGAUGAGUCUUGUCCUGGAGAAAGGGCAUAGCAGGGUGCCAGUUUAUUAUGAAGAAAAAACCAACAUCAUUGGUCUUAUCCUGGUUAAAAAUUUGCUUACAAUCCACCCAGAUGACAAAGUUCCAGUGAAGAAUGUCACCAUUCGAAGGAUUCCAAGAGUUCCCGAAACUAUGCCAUUAUAUGACAUUCUGAAUGAGUUCCAGAAAGGUCAUAGCCACAUGGCGAUUGUUGUCAAACAGUGCAACAAAAUGAACGAGAAACCUGCUGAUGCUGACAAACCGGACAAACCAGACGAUGAUUCCCAGAGAGAUGUUAGAAUUGAUGUGGAUGGUGAAAAGCAGCAGCCCCCACAAGAAAAAACCUUGAAGAACAUGAGGCCACUUCAGAAGUGGAGAAGCUUUCCCACCUCAAAUAAUUCAUACAGGAGUGGCGGCUCUAGAAGCAAGAAGUGGACAAAAGACAUGUACUCUGAUAUCCUGCAGAUAGAUGGAGGUGCUCUUCCUAAACUCGCCGAGGAAGAAGAAGCUGUCGGUGUCAUAACAAUGGAAGAUGUCAUCGAAGAACUUUUGCAGGAGGAGAUCUUCGAUGAAACCGAUCAUCAUUUUGAGGACUCAUGAUAGUGGUUAGUCAAAGAAUGGCUCCUUAUAGACGACUAUACGUAGAUAAUGACGAAAAUAUUUGUUAAAUUUGUUGAUGUUCUUAAUAGAUUUUGGAACCCACAAAAUGCAUAUUGAAGCUUUUGAAGGGUGUUAAGAAGCAUGUAAGUGAGAAAAUGAGUAUGUUAGAUCAGAUGUUUAAGAGUCGAAAAGACAAUCCCAAAGUAGGAAGAAAAGGGAAACAAAUUGUGUAAAGAUACUGCACCCCUGGGUGUUAGCACAAUGGCAAGAGGCUUGGGUGUUGAUACCCACGAUCCAUGUUCGAGCCGUUACGUGUCUAUAAAUUGUGUAAAGGUACUGCAAUCUCUCUCUCUUUUUGAAAAGUACUUGCAUAUGUUUGUUCUUC